AACGUCAACAGAUUGCUACCGUGGUUCUCUUGCUCCUCUCGUCACUAACCAGUGAACAACCAACGUAUCAUGAAUCUUCAACCAAUUUUUAUGGAAAUCACAUCAAAACCAACUAAUUUCAAAACCAUUUCACCCUCCCAGAAUCCCAAAACCCAUCACCAGCAUAUAUAUUCUUGUAGCAAAUCAUCCACCGUUCAGUUACCCCUUCACAGACCUCACCCGAAAAUUCUCCCACCCAUCAACAACCCAGAAAAGAAACUGAUACCCACCACCACAACAACAACAACCACCACCACCACCACCACCACCUCCUCCGACAUCCUACGGUUGUUGGACUGUCUUGGGUUUCCGGUCCCCGAUGCGUUAUACAUUUCUCUUAUCAAAGAAUGUACCCACUUUGUUGACGCUCAUGAGGCUGUUUUGUUACAUGCCCAUCUUGUCAAGAGUCGUUGUAACAAACCCCGUUUGGGUUUGCUUAAUCGUGUGUUGAUAAUGUUCAUUUCGUGUGGGUGUAUGGAGAAUGCACGCCAGGUGUUUGAUGAAAUGUCUAAACGAGAUUUCAACUCCUGGGCGAUAAUGAUUGCUGGGUAUGCUGAUCGUGAGGAGUAUGAGGAAGUAAUUAACCUCUUUACAGAUCCUAAGUUGCAAUAUAUUAUGUAUAGUUGUAGUAGUUUCCCGGUUUCUUGGGUUUUCGUAUGCGUUCUCAAGGCGUGUGCCAACACAUUGAACUUGAAUCUUGGUAAACAAAUCCAUGGUUGGUUGAUGAAAUCGGGUUAUUCGAAUGAUUUGUUUGUGAGUAGCUCGUUGAUCAGUUUUUACGGGAAGAUUGGGUGUUUCAAAGAUGGGGAUUUAGUGUUUAAUGGUACGUCUUCGCGGCGUAAUGUUGUGAUAUGGACGGCGAGAAUCAGUAACAACUGUAAAGAAGAAAACUUUCGUCAAGUUCUUGAUGUUUUUAAAGAGAUGGGGAAAGAGGGUGUUCGGAAAAACAGCUUUACGUUCUCAAGUGUUCUUCGUGCGUGUGCAAAUAUAAAUGAUGAUGGAAACUGUGGCGAGCAGGUUCAUGCCAAUGCUAUUAAGUUAGGACUUGCGUCCAAGAGUUACGUGCAGUGUGGGUUGGUUAACUUGUAUGGGAAGUUUGGUUCGAUUAAAGAUGCUAAACGGGUUUUUAAUAUGAACGGGAGCAUGAGAAACCGGGCUUGUUGGAAUGCUAUGUUGACUAGUUAUGUACAGAAUGGAUGCCUUAUUGAAGCCAUUAAGUUUCUUUAUCAGAUGAAAGCAGCUGGAGUGCAACCGCAAGAAUUGUGGCUCAACAAAUUGAGGUCAUUGUGUGGGAGUGAAAUUCUUGAAAAUUGAAAUUAAAGCGCGGUUGCAUCUACUUAGAUUAAUGCUUUAAGGUCUAUCUAAACUUCUGUUUAUCCUGCCUCUAUAUAUAAUGCUGUUUAUAGAUUAAAGUUGGCUUACUGGUCCGUGAAACACUUAUAUAUGUAUUAUGUAUAUAUACCCAUGCACUAUCUAUAUAAUGAAGUUGUAUGUAGAGUUACUUGGCUCA